CUGCUGGUGAUAUUUGUGAGCAGUUCACAGCCAUUUCUGGUAGCUUCAUAUGUUAUCAACAAAUCCUAAAUGCGAUUACCAACAGACUUCGCUGAGGACACUCCUGCUGUGUAACAUAUGGACAUGGGAUGGCGUUGACGAGGCCGGAUCAAGGAUGGGCAUGGGUCGUCCUGGUCGCUGCUUGUGUAAUACAGGGCUUGCAAAGCGGAAUCAACUAUACGGUCGGAGUAACCCAAGUAGCCCUACUCGAGAGGUUCCACAAUAGUGUGACUUACACAUCGUGGGCAAAUGGAAUCUUCAUAUUUUUUAUAUCCUCUGCUGGUGUGGUUGGUAGCGCCAUCAUCAACCGAUAUAGUUGCCGCACAGCAUUGGUGGUGGGUUCCGUGGUGAUGACGUCAGGUCUGGUCGCAAGUGCUCUCGUAGAAUCUAUAGAGCUUAUCUUAGUCACGUACGGCGUAAUCGCAGGUGUGGGCUCUGGAAUAGUGUACACUGCCCAGUCGGUGGCUGUGGGUUUAAACUUUGAAAAGAAAAGGAGCAUGGCCACGGGUAUAGCAUCAUUCGGGGCCGGGAUUUGGUAUCUUUAUUUUCCCUCCAUUAUUUCAACUAGCACGCGAAACAUAUGGAAACAAAGGCUUCUUUUUUAUUCAAGCGUCAGUUGCUGCCAACAUCUGUGUUUUUGGAUCACUGUGUUUUCCAACGACAUUUGAAAGAAAGAUGUCGGCGUAUGCUGCACAUUCCUCAAACGAGUACCUUUCAAAAGCAAAGCGUGCUUGUAACCGAUUUCAGUUGCUUUGCCAUGUGCCGUUUCUAUUAAUUUGUGUGAGUUUGCUAACAAGUCAUCUCGGAAUUUCUAUGAUAUAUGUGCAUCUGACAAAUUAUUCAAUAUCAAAGGGUUCCACUGAUAUUCAAGCGUCGCUUCUAACUUCAGUUAUUGGUAUAACGGGUUCUCUUGGAAGACUUUUCGUCGGACUAAUGGGAAAUGUUGCGGAAAUAUCUAACAUGGUGCUGUAUUUUGGCACAUAUGGAAUAGUAGGUAUAGCAACAGUACUUUUACAACUGUAUGUUACUACGUAUACUGGACAGAUGAUUUAUUCUAUUGUGUUUGGAACUUAUUGCGGUUGUUGCUAUGUUUUACUGAAUACAAUUACUCCCGAACUAUUGGGAAUCGAUAACCUAGCAUCAGCCUUUGGAUUCGAGAUGUUCUUCGCUGGAGCAGGAAGUUUAAUAGGUGUGGUAUUAGCAGGUGUCGUCGUUGAUAGUGGAGGGACAUACGAAACUGCAUUCACGAUGGCUGGUGUGUCCAUCCUCGUGGCCGCAGUUUUGGUACUAGCCGCUGAUGCUUUCCGAAAUGUGAGUAACCCGAGACAGAAAAUAACCACAAGGGAGGAAGAAGCCUUGAAUGCUGACGGCACGAACUAUACCUCUGAACUUGAUGUUCCUUCUGUCCUCCCAACGCGCCCAUGCCGUUAAAACCGUAAUUGUAAUUUAUGUUUCGUACCCUAUCGUUGUUAUUAUCCCGUAAACACCUAAGCUAUAGCAAAGUUUUUUUAUUCAAACACAGAUUAGAUUAUAAGUUUAAUGUGUCCCAGCUCAGGGAUUAGCAUUGUGUUGUUUCUACCUUGGUUCGCCAUUUUUGUCACAGAAACAAUGAUUGGUGAACGAUUGGCUUGAUUCAGUAAACCAUUUCAUUUGUGAACCGGAUAUAACGCAUGAGGGCAGGCUACAAAUUGGCCUGUGCUACCUAUGUCCAUUGUUAUACGAGGGCUGGUUGAUAAGUAUUUAGCCUCGUAUUGAAGGAGGACUCAAGACUAUUCUUUUAAAGUCCUACUAUUAGUAACUAGGGCUGUGUAUCCAAGAACUGAUCUCAUUUGAAUAGUUUAUAUCGACGAGGUAGCACUCUAAAGAAAACAAGACAAGCGGCUAUUGCAAAAUGGACAAAAUCGGCUAGGGUUAGGGUAAAGAGUCCGUCAUUGUCAUGGCUGCCAUUCCCGAUUGUGGCAAUAACUUGAUUGAGCAACCGCCUUAUUCAUCUGCUCUCCCUCCAUAAGACUUUCACCUAUUUCCAAACUUGAAAACAACUAUUUCAAGCACUUAACCCUAACCCAAAAAUGCAGUGGAUGACUAUCUGAACAGCCAAGAAAAGGAGUUAAAAACCGCUGGCAAAACUGUAUAGAAACUGAAGGGGAUUUUGUUGAAAACUAAUAUACAAUGUGUGGCAAAAUUCAAAUCCUUCAAUACAUGGCUAACAACUUAUCAAACAGCCCUCGUAUAAAGAUAAUAAACAUACUUUUUUCCUUA